UGACAGUUGCGCUCCCACCUCGCGCCCUCGCUCUCCCUCCCUCUCUCUCUCUGGGGGGGGGGGAGGAGGAAGAGACGCGCGAGGCUCCCAAGGGGCGUGGCUCAAGGAGACAGGGGUCCCCCUCUACCCAAUCAGGGACCACAUCGCCUGCUCUAUUUUUUUUUCUUUCUUUCUUUUUUUUAAAAAAGCCUCGGCCGGGCCCCGCCCCCUCCUUUUCCUUUCCUUUGCCGGCUCUACCGGGCUCGAGCAUGGCCCCUCCCCCUCUCCGGCCAAGUUGGGUGAGGAGGAGGAGGAGGAGGCGGCGGCAGGAGAGCGCGCGCGCCCCUCCCCCCUGUCCUGGGGGGGGUUGGGUGGGGGGGCAGAAGAGAGGCAAAAGAAAAAGAAAAAGAGAGAGAGAGAGAGGAGGAGGCGGGGACGCGCUCCGGCGGUUCUCACCCCCACUCAGCGCGGCUCCGUUUUCCCCAGCCCCGUGAGGGGAGCGCGGCGAGAGCGAGUGGCCGCGGCCCCCCCCCCUCAGAGUGUGCAGACGUGGGAGUGCAAAUACUUCUAAAUGAAUAAUCAGAAGGAAGACAUGGAGAUUGCCUCCCAUUAUCAUCAUCUGCUUCAGGAACUCAAUGAACAAAGGCAGCAUGGUAUCCUAUGCGAUGUUUGCAUCAUAGUGGAGGGAAAGAUUUUCAAGGCUCAUAAAAAUAUUUUACUUGGGAGUAGUCGUUACUUCAAGACAUUGUAUUGUCAGGUGCAGAAGACCUCCGACCAAGCCACAGUCACUCAUUUGGAUAUUGUAACGGCACAGGGCUUUAAAGCAAUCAUUGACUUCAUGUACUCAGCACACCUUGCAUUGACCAGCAGGAAUGUUAUUGAGGUGAUGUCAGCGGCCAGCUAUCUUCAAAUGACCGAUAUUGUGCAAGCUUGUCACAAUUUCAUCAAGGCUGCUCUUGACAUAAGCAUAAAGUCUGAUGCAUCCGACGACCUUAUUGAUUAUGAAUUUGGGGCUUCCUCUAGCAGUAGUACGGAUGCUCUGAUUUCUGCUGUUGUCGCUGGUAGGAGCAUAUCUCCCUGGCUGGCUCGAAGGACAAGUCCAGCAAACUCUUCUGGAGAUUCGGCUAUUGCUAGCUGUCACGAAGGAGGAAGUACUUGUGGAAAAGAGGAUCAAGAGCCAAAAUCAGAUAGUCACGAUGACAUUUCAUCCCAGUCACUUUGGUCUACUGAUUUGGGCUAUGGGACUUUGCGUGUCAAAGAAGAACAGAUCUCUCCACCUCAUUAUGGAGGGAAUGAAUUGCAGUCUGCCAAAGAUAGUGCAAUGCAAAAUGCUUUCUCAGAACAAGGAAUUACAGAUGGGUGGCAGCCUACAGGGCGUAGGAAGAAUAGAAAAAACAAGGAUACUGUGCGUCACAUUACACAACAAUUUGGAGGUGACAGCAGGACAACUUCACCAGUGCCUCCCUUUCUAACUGCCCCUGGAUGGCCAUACAGUCAUCAAGAAGCAAGUGUGGAUCUGACAGGGGCAGAGCCCAACCAUUCUGACAACAGAAUAGAGAGAGUGGAUCUUUAUGCAAAGGUUGAUGAAGCACUCCUAGGAGGUGAAGUGAGUUAUCUCUCUCAGCCACUUACUCCAGAGAAAGAGGAUGCACUUCAGGCUGUAGCAGUUGCUAACUUGCGGGCAGCUCUUAUGAGCAAGAAUAGCUUAUUGUCCUUGAAAGCUGACCUGCUUGGAGAAGAGAGUUCUCUGCUCUUUGAAUAUUUACCCAAAGGCACACAUUCCUUGUCUUAUCACUUAUGACAGAUUUCUAGGAUUGUGGCCUUUUAGCUGGCUUUCCCACAGAUACGAAUACUGCACAAUCUGAAGACAUGGACUUGGACCAUGAAGAGAUUUGUUUUUGAGUUUUUCAGGAGCCGGGACACUGUGCUAUAUUUCCUGCAGGAAAAAUUUAAAAUGUUUGACAACACUAAAGGAACAUUUCCAAGAACAUUCUUUCUCUGUUAUUAUCCCUCUUGAUAGGACUGGCUAUUCAAGGCUAAAACUGGCUGGUUUUUCUGAGCACAGGCCUCCUGGUCACCUUGCCUGCUUCCAGUGUUGCAAGCUUCACACUAAGGUCAAACUUGGAUCGGCAUGAAAAAAAACAACAAUCCAUUUCAAUUGGAAGAAGGUGCAAUGCCCUCACCGCCUCAAACUAUUUCAAGACAAAACAGACUUAAAUUGGUUUCUUAUGUCUGUACGCUCCAGCUAAUGUCUUUUUUUGUGGGAGGGGCUUUGGCACUUGGAAGGCCCUGACUGCUCAUAAGAAAAGUUGUUAUCUAAUUUCCACACAGCCACCUGAAGAACAUCUACAGAAUAUGAUCAAAAUCAGGAAUAUGAUACUAAGUAAAAAAAACUAGGGGUGGCAUGGAAUCCAGCUGUUCAGAUCUUGAAUACCUAACGCUUCAACUGGAUAGUGUACAGCUAGUUCUCCAUUUAACAACCCUUCAUUUACGACCAUUACAGUGAAAAAAGUGACUUGCAACUGGUCCUCACACUCACAACUGUGGCAGCAACCCCACUGUCAAAUUAUCAAAAUUUGGGCGCUUGGCAACUUAACAUAUAUUUACAGUAGCUGCAACAUUCCGGGGUGAUAUGAUCCCCAUUUGUGGCCUUCCCAACCAGCUUCUGACUAGCAAAGUUAGUGGGGGAAGCCAAAUUCACUUAACAACUGCAUGAUUCCCCGCUUAACAACUGUGACAAAAAAGGCCAUAACCUUUUGUGUGCCUCAGUUAAAUUGCCUUGCUUAACAAAGAAAAUUCUGGUUCCAAUUUGGUCGUAGGUUGAGGGCUACCUCUAUUCAGUUUGGCUGGUACUGUGAUAUAAGUGUUUUUAAUCUAAAGUAAAUCCUGAUUAAUAUCAGGUACGGAAAGGGACUGUUUACUUUUACCGUUUCUAAAUUCCAUGACUAAGAUGCAUAAAUAAUUCCGUUUGAAAGUUUUAAUAUUUUAAAAUUUGAUGUGCCUAAUUUUUAGACAAAACAUUUAAAAUACUUUUGUAUUUUUAACCGUUGGUUUAAAUCAGUGGUUCUCAACCUUUUUAAUGCCGCAACCC